ACACGAGAGCGACCCGGAAGGAGAAGUUAGUGCAAAAUGUGAUAUCACCGCGAGACCGAGGUCAGAAAUUCUCUCUCACAGCCAUCUUGGAUAUAGAAUCCAGUCUUGACACAAGCAUGCCUGGUGAAGCCACAGAGACGGUCCCAGUCACUGAGCAGGAGAUGCAGCAGCCACAAGUUGAGACUGCCGCAAGUGUGGCUACAUCCCAGGAACCCCAGGCUGCUUCUAGCUCUACUAAAGCCAAAGGUCCCAAGGGUGGCUCUGUCCCAAAAGCUGUCCCUGGCAGAAGAAAACGUUCCUCAAUGUCAGCCUCCUCCGCUUCUCCUACUUCUCCAAAGUCCACAUCCUCCACACCCCGUUCCCCCAUAACUACCUCACCUGGGGCUUCCAGCCAGGGCAUCCGCGGUGCCCCAAAGGUUGUGAAGGCAGGCAAACAAGGAAAGGCUAAGAAAGGAGAGGCUUUCAAACCUGCUUCUGACCUGCCAGCACCUGCUGAGGUCCCUGCCCCAACAGAGGCCAUUGAGCCUAAAGCUGCUCCUGCACCUGUUGUGAGUACGCAAGCACCUGCUGCAGCGGAGCCUGAACCUGCUACACCCUCCUCUCCAAAGCCUGUAGCAUCCCCUGUGGCCUUUAAAGUGACCUCAAAACCUGCUGCACUGGCCCCUAUGUCAUUUGCUGAUGCAGUUGCCUCUAGCCCCUCUAAAGCUGCCCCUGAGAAGCCUAUGGCCAAGCCUGAGCUUACACCUAAAGUUGAGGUGAAAGAAGUCAAGGCAACCCUUGCCCUGGAGGAUGAUGACCUUCCCCCUCUCAUUCCACCAGAAGAGCCAGUGAAGAUACCUUCUCUAGUAGCUUCUUCAGUUCUCGCCAAGCCAGCUCCCGCUGUAGCUAAACCAGCUCCCGCUAAGACAGCUCCCUUUGUAGCUACACCAGUUCUCGAUAAACCAGCUCCUGUUGUAACGAAGCCGUCCCCCUCUGUAGCCGCCCCCGCUAAGGCGGCCCCCUCUGUAGCUGCCCUCGCUAAGCCGGCGCCUUCUGCCACCACUAAGGCGGCCCCCGCUGUAGCCGCCCCGGCUCCCGCUAAGGCGGCCCCCUCUGUAGCCGCUCCCGCUAAGGCGGCCCCCGCUGUAGCCGCCCCCGCUAAGGCGGAACCCGCUGUAGCCGCCCCCGCUGUAGCCGCCCCCGCUGUAGCCGCCCCCGCUAAGGCAGCCCCCGCUGUAGCCGCCCCCGCUAAGGCCGCCCCCGCUGUAGCCGCCCCCGCUAAGGCGGCCCCCUCUGUAGCCCCUCCCGCUAAGGCGACCCCCUCUGUAGCCCCUCCCGCUAAGGCGGCCCCCUCUGUAGCCCCUCCCGCUAAGGCGGCCCCCUCUGUAGCCGCUCCCGCUAAGGCGGCCCCCUCUGUAGCCGCCCCGGCCCCCGCUAAGGCGGCCCCCGCUGUAGCCGCUCCGGCUCCCGCUAAGGCGGCCCCCUCUGUAGCCCCUCCCGCUAAGGCGGCCCCCUCUGUAGCCCCUCCCGCUAAGGCGGCCCCCUCUGUAGCCCCUCCCGCUAAGGCGGCCCCCUCUGUAGCCGCUCCCGCUAAGGCGGCCCCCUCUGUAGCCGCCCCGGCCCCCGCUAAGGCGCCCCCCUCUGUAGCCGCCCCGGCCCCCGCUAAACCGGUUGAAGUAGCUAUGGUACCACCACCUGUUUCAAAACCUGCCCUGAUCCCUGCUAAAGCCCCAGCCAAACCGGAGCCUGUGAUCAAGAAUGACAAGGGGUCUGGCACUGAAUCGGACAGUGAUGAGUCUGUACCAGAUCUGGAGGAACAGGACUCUGCUCAGGCACAGACACAGCAAGCCCAGCUUGCAGCUGCUGCAGAAAUAGAUGAAGAACCCGUUAGCAAAGCCAAACAAAGCCGUAGUGAAAAAAAGGCACGAAAGGCAAUGUCUAAGCUGGGGCUCAGGCAGGUGACGGGGGUCACCAGGGUUACCAUUCGGAAGUCUAAGAACAUACUAUUUGUCAUCACAAAACCAGACGUAUACAAAAGCCCUGCUUCAGACACUUACAUUGUCUUUGGUGAGGCUAAGAUUGAAGACCUUUCACAACAAGCUCAGUUAGCUGCUGCCGAGAAGUUCAAGGUUCAGGGAGAAGCCGUGUCGAACAUCCAGGAAAACACACAGACUCCGACCGUACAGGAGGAGAGUGAAGAGGAAGAGGUUGAUGAGACUGGGGUCGAGGUGAAGGACAUUGAACUUGUGAUGUCACAAGCCAACGUGUCGCGAGCAAAGGCUGUACGCGCUCUGAAAAACAACAAUAAUGAUAUUGUCAAUGCUAUAAUGGAAUUGACGAUGUAGGCUCCUUGAGUCAACAGGGUUCUAAAGGUUGCUGAUUUAAUCUACACUAUCGUUUGUACAAUUUAUACCCAAGAUGAAAAUAAAGUUGUGGCCUGGUAAAUUGAA